GGAGCGCACAGUGCAGAAAGCGAUGCUAGGCACCUUCCGGGAGGGGAUUCGACCUACUUACGUCUACAAGGUGGUUCUGCUGGGGAGCACAUCAGUGGGCAAGUCCAGCCUGGCCUACCGAUACGUGAAGAAUGACUUCAAGGAGUCGCUGCCAACCGUGGGAUGCUCCUUCUUCACACAGACGCUCAACCUGGAGGUAGCCACCAUCAAGUUUGAGAUCUGGGACACUGCAGGCCAAGAGAAGUACCACAGUGUCUGCCACCUCUACUACCGGGGUGCCCACGCUGCUCUCCUCGUGUACGACAUCGCCAGCAGGGAAACAUUCAACAGAGCAAAGCUGUGGCUGAGGGACCUGGAGAAGGAAUUCCUUCCCGAUGAAAUCGUCAUUGCUUUGGUGGGCAACAAGACAGACCUUGCUGCUGAGCGAGAAGUCGCCACCGAGGAGGGGGAAGAGUUUGCCAGGACCGAAGGCCUCCUGUUCAUGGAGACAUCUGCAAAAUCCAACCACCAAGUACAUGACAUCUUUAUGGCUGUAGCCCAAGAGCUCCUGCAGCGGGAACAAGAGAAGGCAUCUGCCCCAUCCCCGCACCAGAGGUCAACAGUGGCCCUGGGGAAGGGCAGG